GAGUGCAUCUAUAAUCUCAGGGCUGCCAACCAUCUAUUGUCAUUUGUCAUAUGCAAAUACAAACAGUGCGACGAAGAACGAGGAAGAAGCAUGACAAGUGAAUAUAAGUGAAAUGACAUAAAACUCUGGACACCUUUUCUAUCUGAAACAUUCAAAACGCGUUUGUCGUUCGAGGUUGUCAGUCAUAAUCCGAAGAUGAUGCAGCAAGAACCCACAGCCUACGAUCUGGCGUAUCGUGGCAAAACCGCAGCCGUAAAGAUCCUGUUGAACGAGAACGAGAAGCUGAAGACACAAACUGACAGCAAUUGUCGCAUGUUAAUUCACUGGGCAGCUCUGGGCGGCCACGAUGACCUGGUCAGGCAUCUGCUGUCUCUCGACGUACCUGUGGAUCCUCAGGACGAUACGAACAUGACCCCGCUGAUCCUGGCGUCAUCCGCCGGUCGCGAGAAGGUCGUCAACACGCUGCUGACCGAGGGGGCGAACGUGAACGCGGUGACGGUCGAUGGCCAUUCGGCGUUGCAGUACGCGGCGUCGAAGAACUGGAAAUCCAUCUGCAUGGAGUUGCUCGAGAGGGACGCCGACGUGAACAUCGCGGACAAACGAGGCGCCACGCCGCUGCACAGAUCCGCCUCUAAGGGCAACACCGCCAUCGUCCAACUCCUUAUAGAGUACGGGAAGAAAUUGAAUAUAGAUCAAAGGGACGCAUACGGUAACACGCCAUUGCAUCUCGCUUGCGAGGAGAACCGCGUAGAAGAGGCAAAGCUGCUGACGGCGCGCGGAGCAGACCUGACGAUCACCAACAAGGAGCGGAAGACUCCGUUGGAUCUCGCGAGUCCCGGACUGGUCCGACAGCUCGAGGAAAUUAAGCGAGUGACUGCGUCAAAAUAAAAACGACCUCCCGUUUUUUUCUUUUCGAUUUAAUUUAAUUUAUAUAUGAUUCAUAAGUUUAAAUAAAUUCAUACCCCAAUAAAUUCAAUCACGAUCAA